GCUUCGUGCGGGGCAGGAACGGUAGGCUAGACUGGAGGCAACCUCAAGGACACAGGAAAUCCAAAGGGUUGUUUAUAUACUAUGCCCUGCACCCCAAGCAAAACGUCUCCUAGAAAACAGGGCCAGGGCUCAAUCCACCCCAAAGGCAGGGGCAUGGAGAGAAGCGACCUCUGCUUUUCCGUCCCUCGCCUCAACUCUGCACCCGCUCUAGCUAUGGGGUCAAGCCCGGAAGCACCCUGGCUGGAGGGGACGCUCGCUUUCCAGGACAUGGUCCCGCCCACUGCAAGCGCCACCUUGGUAAGGGAUUUCUCCUAGCAGAGGCAAACGCGAACUUAAUGCCUUCUUGAUCAAGAUGAGGUCUUCGAGACCUCUCUGCCUCGCCACGUCGGGCUACAUGCCUACGCUCCUCCGCCACAGCCACGUCGCGACCCUCCGGCACGCAUUCCCACCGAGACUGCGCCUUCUCCCCCAACCCCAGCUCGUCCCUAAGUAAGAUGGCGGCGAGCGCACUUCCGGCGUGUGUCCUUACGAGUGCGUCCGGGCGGCUGCUUGCAGGUGCCACCCAGCGGGUUCCAGCUUCUUUGCUGCAUAGAUUACAACGGUGAUGGCGGGCAAGCGGUCCGGCUGGAGCCGUGCGGCUCUCCUCCAGCUCCUUCUCGGCGCGAACCUGAUGGUGAUGCCGCCCACCCAGGCCCGGAGUCUGCGCUUCGUUACCUUGCUGUACCGCCAUGGAGACCGUUCACCAGUGAAGACAUAUCCCAAGGACCCCUACCAGGAAGAAGAAUGGCCCCAGGGGUUUGGCCAAUUAACCAAGGAGGGGAUGCUACAGCACUGGGAGCUGGGCCAGGCCCUGCGGCAGCGCUAUCAUGGCUUCCUAAACACCUCUUAUCACCGGCAAGAGGUUUAUGUGCGAAGCACAGACUUUGACCGGACUCUCAUGAGUGCUGAGGCCAACCUGGCUGGACUCUUCCCUCCCAACGGGGUGCAGCGCUUCAACCCGAACAUCUCGUGGCAGCCUAUCCCUGUGCACACUGUGCCCAUCACGGAGGACAGGCUGCUGAAGUUCCCGUUGGGCCCGUGUCCCCGUUAUGAGCAGCUGCAGAAUGAGACCCGGAAGACACCAGAGUAUCAGAACGAGAGUUCUCGGAAUGCACAAUUUCUGGACAUGGUGGCCAACGAGACAGGGCUUACAGACCUGACACUGGAGACUGUCUGGAAUGUCUAUGACACACUCUUCUGUGAGCAAACGCACGGGCUGCACCUGCCGCCCUGGGCCUCACCCCAAACCAUGCAGCGUCUCAGCCGGCUAAAGGACUUCAGCUUCCGCUUCCUCUUCGGAAUCUACCAGCAGGCGGAGAAGGCCCGGCUUCAGGGGGGAGUCCUGCUGGCUCAGAUAAGGAAGAACCUGACCCUAAUGGCGACCACCUCCCAGCUCCCCAAGCUGCUGGUUUACUCCGCGCACGACACUACCCUGGUUGCCCUGCAAAUGGCACUGGACGUCUACAAUGGCGAACAAGCCCCCUACGCCUCCUGCCACAUAUUUGAACUGUACCAGGAAGAUUCUGGGAAUUUCUCAGUGGAGAUGUACUUUCGGAACGAGAGUGACAAGGCCCCCUGGCCGCUCAGCCUGCCUGGCUGCCCUCACCGCUGCCCACUGCAGGACUUCCUUCACCUCACGGAGCCCGUCGUGCCCAAGGACUGGCAGCAGGAGUGCCAGCUGGCAAGCAGUCCUGCAGACACAGGUGAUGUCUCACUUAUAUCGCCGAGAAAAUAAGAGCCAGGAGAGAAUCGGCUCGUUCUUCCACCACCAGCUCCACCAGCUUACUUGCUGGGGAAGCCACUGCUUAGGAUGGCCUCUCCACCCGCGCUCAGGUUCUCUCUCCUCACCUCUGCAAGGAGCUCUGACGCCUCUGCUUCCCUACUGGAUCACUUCCCUCCCAAAAGCCCAUCCAUGACCUCUGAGAGCCACCUCUUCCCCAGCCACCAGCCUCUUCCCUCUCAGAAUGGAAUCCUCGAAAGAGCUGCCUAGACUCUGGCUCUGCUUCCUCACCGCCUGAUCUCUUAGACUCACAUUAGACAGUCUUGUGUCACCUUCCACUACCCUGAAGCCACACUUGUCUGGUGACCAGUGACCUCCUCUUACCAAAGCCAGUGACCAAUUCUUAGCUUCUCUCACCUCUCAGCAGCAUUACAUAAUUGGCCACCCCUUCCUGAAACACUUUCUUGGCUUCUCCUGACUUUAGUUGUCCCUUCCUCACUAAAGAACGGAUGACCCAGGACUCAUCCCUGGCGCUUUCCCCAUCUGUGCACACUCCCAAGUGAUCUUAUGCAGCCUUAUGACUUUAUGCCCAUCUCCAUGCUCACUUCUGUCCUUACGCCCUGACUCACAGAUUCACCACCUCUUCUCUGAGCUAGACUCAUAUCCAGCUGCCGACUUGAGGUCUCUAUGUGCACGUUAAGUAAGGCAUCUCAAAGUUGCAAUGUCUUAAACCAGAUGCUUUUCCUUCCAAAGCUGCUUUUCUUCCAGGCUUCCUUGUUUCAGUCAAUGCCACGAGUCGCCUAGUGGCACAGUAUAGCCCUUGGAGUCAUUCUGCAUACCGUUUCUCAUACCCCUCAUCCAGCCCACUGCCAGAUCAGCUCAACCUUUCAAAUAUUAAUACGUGCUCUUGCCUCCACAGUCCAAUCUACUGUCAGCUUUUGCCGACCGACUGAAGUUUCCUAGUUCUUUCUGGUUCUAUUCUUGUCCCUACCAGUCUUUCAGCACAGCAGAGUUAACU